CAGAAAGAAAAGGCCAGGCUGAAGGAACUUGCUGACCCACUACUCUGCUCCAUGUUGGCUAUGUUCUCAGGCUGGGACCAUGCCACCCCCCGCAGAGGUGACGGACCCAUCCCAUGCCCCUGCUGUCCUGCGUCAGCUCAAUGAGCAGCGGCUCCGCGGCCUCUUCUGUGAUGUCACCCUCAUAGCUGGAGACACCAAGUUCCCCGCUCACCGCAGCGUCCUGGCUGCCUCUAGUCCCUUCUUCAGGGAAGCCCUGCUAGCUUCAGCUCCACUGCCCCUCCCACCGGUUCCUGGUGGCUCAGCUCCCAGCCCUGCAACCACCACAGCUGCCUCCUCCUCCUCCUCCUCUUCCUCCUCCUCCUCCUCCUCCCCGCCUCCAGUCCCUCCGCACUCUUCAUCCCCUCCACGGGUCCUAGAGCUGCCCGGGGUCCCAGCAGCUGCCUUUUCCGAUGUCCUCAACUUCAUCUAUAGUGCCCGGCUUGCACUCCCUGAUGGUGGAGGGGAUGGGGCAGCUGUGGCAGAGAUUGGAGCUCUGGGGCGGCGGCUGGGUAUCUCCCGCCUCCAGGGCCUGGGGGAAGGAGGUGAUACUUGGGUACCUCCUGCUCCAACUCCCCUGGCCACCUCACAGUCUGAAGAGGACAGUCUGGGGCCAGGGCCUAGACCAGAUGGCGAGUGGGAGGGUGACAAAGCUGAAACCCAGGCUCUUGACUCACAACCCUCCUUACCCCGGCGGCCCUUUCCCUGCCCUCGAUGUGGGAAAAGCUUCAUCCAUCCCAAGAGGCUGCAGACACAUGAGGUUCAGUGUCGACGGGGGUCCGACACUCGGGGGUCUGCAGGCCUGGGAGCUGCGGGCUCUGGUCCUGGGGGUCCUGCAGGAGUGGAUGCCUCAGCCCUGCCACAACCAGUGGGCUUCAGAGACGGCCCUGAACAUGUGGUGAAGGUGGUGGGCGGCCAUGUGCUCUAUGUGUGUGCCGCCUGCGAGCGUUCCUACGUGACCCUGUCCAGCCUGAAGAGGCACAGCAACGUACACUCAUGGCGGAGGAAGUACCCCUGCCGCUACUGCGAGAAGGUGUUUGCCCUGGCUGAGUACCGCACCAAGCACGAGGUGUGGCACACUGGGGAGCGCAGGUACCAGUGCAUCUUCUGCUGGGAAACCUUUGUCACCUAUUAUAACCUGAAGACCCACCAGCUUGUCUUCCAUGGCAUUAGUCCCGGCCUCCUAGCCAGUGAGAAGACACCCAAUGGAGGCUACAAGCCCAAGCUUAAUACCCUCAAGCUGUACCGCCUGCUCCCCAUGCGGGCAGCCAAGCGCCCCUCUGUCAUCACCUUUGCUCAUCCAGCUCCCUCUGUCAUUGUCCAUGGAAGCAGUAGCAGUGGUGGAGCCGGGGGUGGGCCAGCCAGCACAGGAGGGUCCCAAGCUGCCUCAGUCAUCACUUAUACGACUCCCCCAAGACCCCCCAAGAAACGAGAGUACCCACCUCCUCCCCCUGAGCCUGCAGCAACACCCACCAGCCCAGCCUCUAGCACCACCAGUCCAGCCACGGCUGCAGGGCCAGGCUCAGCCACAGAGGAGGCCAAGAGCCGGAGUCUGCGGGCUGGGAGAACUCUGACUUACACAGCCAAACCCGUGGGUGGGGUGAGUGGGAGUGGGGGUUCUCCCACAGGGACAGGCCGAGGCUCCUCUCAGCUUCAGGCUCCACCUCCACUGUGUCAGAUCACUGUGCACUUUGGGGAGGAAGCCAUUGUCAAGCGUCGCAUCUCCGAAACUGACCUGCGUCCUGGAGAGCUGAGUGGAGAAGAAAUAGAGGAGAGCGAGGAAGAGGAGGAGGAGGAGGAGGACCAGGAGGAAUCAAAGGCUGGAGGGGAAGAUCAGCUCUGGAGGCCCUACUAUUCAUACAAGCCUAAGCGCAAGGCUGGAGCUACUGCCGGUGGGGUCGGCGGGGUCAGUGGACCGCCCCGAGGACGAAGACCACCACGCUGGAGACAGAAGCUGGAACGGAGGGCCUGGGAGGAGACCCCAUCAGUGGAGGGCCCAGGAGGACGAGGACGUGGUGAGCGUAGGCACCGUUGUGGAGACUGUGCCCAGACCUUUGCCACCCUGAGGAAGCUGAGAAAGCACCAGGAAGCCCACAGUGGGGGCUCCCACAGCUCCAGGACUGGGAAGAGGUCUUCGUCCCGAUUCCCCUGCCCCCACUGUGCCAAGGUGUGCAAGGCGGCAGCUGCCCUGAGCCGACAUGUGCAGAGGCAUGCUGUGGAGCGGCCUGGGGGCACACCCACUCCUGUCAUCGCCUACUCCAAAGGCAGCGUUGGCCCCAGACCUAGUGAUGUCAAGGAGGAAGCCCCCCAAGAGAUGCAGGUGUCCUCAUCGAGUGGGGAGGCAGGCGGCGGCGGUGGCGGUGCUGCUGCCGAAGCUCCCGAAACUGCUUCGCUCCAGGACCCGGUCAUCUCUGGGGGUGAGGAGCCCCCAGGAGCAGGUGGGGGCAGCUAUGUGUACCCACCUGUGCAGGAGUUCCCCCUGGCCCUGAUAGGAGGCAGUCGGGAGCCCAGUGGGGGCAGAGGAAAAGCUGGGAAUGAGGGACUAGUGGGAGCCUCUGAUGGAGAGCGGAUGGAGGGGAUGGGGACUGCCAAAGUCACCUUCUACCCUGAACCCUACCCACUCCUGUCUGGCCCCCAGCUCCUAGCUGCCUACCCUUACAACUUCAGCAACUUGGCUGCUCUCCCAGUCGCUCUCAACAUGGUCCUACCUGAUGAGAAGGGUGGGGGGGCCCUCCCCUUCCUGCCCGGGGUCUUUGGCUACGCAGUGAAUCCUCAAGCAGCACCCCCUACUCCCCCCACCCCCCCCCCCCCCCCCCCCCCCCCUCCCUCCCCCCCCCCUAAGGGAAUAGGGGAACAGGCAGGGGUUGAGAGAACCCAAAAGGGGGAUGUAGGGUGAGCACUAAAGCCAGAUCCCCCUUUCACCAGAUGCCACCCUUCCUGAGCCCCCCAUCACUAUCAGCUCCCUGGCCUCCCUGCCUGCCCCUUGGGAGCCCCAUCACACUCUAGUGCAGGGAUUGGGGGCCCCUGGAGCUCAGGAGUCAGGCUGCUUUGUGUGAUUGUAGUCUCCCCACCCCCUGAGAAGGGGUCUUUGGUGGUUCCCCUCUCAAUCUUUUCCAGGGAAUGGCCCCUGUGAAGGGAAGAGCCAGCUCCCAUCCCUUCUCCAGCCCUUGGGGCAACUGAGCAAUAUACUUAGUGAAUCUCUACUUACAGCCCCACCAGCUCUGAAUGUCUAACCUGCUCCCCUGAUUUAUAAACCUGGGGGGGAAACCAUCUCUCUCACCUAAUGAUGCCUGCUGUUCUGAAGCUUCCUCUAAGCCCCGCCCCAGAUGCUUCCUAGCACAUUCCAUUCUUUAUGGCCCAGGGCCUGGACCAGACCAUUGUGAUAUCUGACCCACCAGCCUGGAAGCAUGGCUUUGGAUUCCGUUCUUCCCAAGGGUGGGUUUCUCUGUCCUUGUCUCCUAUUACGAUGCCAUGCUUCCUUGGCUUCCAUGCCUUUGGAUCUUCCAUAUUCCUUCCUGUGCUCCUAGACUUUGGAGAUGGCCUAACCCAAUCCAAGUCAAAAGGAGGUGGGAGGUGUUCUAUGGCUGAGCACUUUUUUCAAUACAGGGCAGGGAAAUCUUGGGCCCUACCUUUACCCCCCAAUCCAGUGACUCCAGAUUCUUCCAAGACAAAGAGGUGAAUAGAUCCUAUCUCUUCUGGCCUUUAUAGAUGGCUUCUUUGGGGCUAAGCCAAAUUUGAGCACCAGGUAUGAAGCACUCCAUACAGGAUGGAGAAGAGAUUCCAUUUCCUCCCUGCCAAUUCCUCACUAUGGUUUCUUCUAGAUUAGACCAAAUAGCCAGAAAAUUGCUGGGGGUUUGAUGUGUGGUUAGCCCAAGAUUUGUACAUUGCCUUCCACCCUAGCUUUAUCCUGUCUCCUCCAGUGUCACUGUCCUCACCAGUCACUCCAGAUGGUUUCCAGGGAACCAUCUUCCUCUUCUGGUGGGCUUUGGGGUAUCCCCACCAACUUUGCCUCCAAAAUAGCACCUUAUACCCCAUCUUUGACUCAGUUCCCCACACCCAAAGAUCCCAGCCUAGGGAUGGGGUGCAGGGAUUUUCAAUGGUCCCUAAUCCCUAAUUUGCACUAGUUAACCCUGGUCAGGGUCCCUAUGUUUCCUUCCAGCGGGGAAGAUUAGAUUGUUUGUUCCUAUUUCUUGUUGAAAGUGGGGCCUCCCUAAUGUGUGAUUAGAUGGAUAUUUCCCAUAUUACCUACCCCCAAACCAGCUCACAAGGGGAGAGCCAGUUUGGGGGAGCAAAUUUUGAUGUGGGAAUUAGAGGAGUAUGACUUUAAAAAGGAGAAAGACUGUUUUAAUCCAAAUGACAGCCUUUCUCUCAGCUACUGUUUUCUGAGGCCAAGAUGGCUACCCUCUGACCUACUGUGGAGGGGGUAUGAUCAUGGCUUUUGGAGGGAGGUGAGUUUGGAAAGGCCAGGAGCAUCUUCCUGCCCCCUCCUAACCUCCCAGUCCAUAGGAAGGGGGAGGUUGUUUUUGACAGGCUUCCUGAAUGUUAAUCACGGAGGGAAGGGUCACUCCAUUCCUCCUCUGUCUCUUUGCACUUUUCUUGGUCUUGACCACAGCCUGAGUGAAGAAUUUCCUACUGAAUGUACCAAGUUCCAGUUUUUAAGGGGGAAAAGUUUCAAACAGGGAAAAAUGAAAAAAAAAAUCACUAAAAAUUCCCAUAAAUCUUGUUUCUGGCACUUUAGAAAAAACUGCAAAAAAACAUAAUAAAGAAUACAUAUAUAUAUCUACACACAAAUUAUAUAUAUAUAUAAAUAUAUCUAUAUAUACAGCGGAACCACAAGAGAGACUGAGGAAGGCCUGAAUGCAGGGGGCAGACAUGACCACAGUCCCUCUGUGCCCUUCACCGGCCCUCCUCUGAGGAAGUCAGGAGAGUAGAAGGGGUGAAAAUGGACUGUGGAAUUUGAAUUUCAGAAUAUAUCAAAAUUCUAAAACCACAGACCUUUUGGAAGAAUUGAGAUUAUAAGUGUUUAUUUUAUUUUUUUUAAUAUGGGUAAGAAGAAUAGCUUCCAGAAUUUGGCAACAAAUAAAGUUGUGACAAAGCAAAAACUUAAAAAUAUGUAUUUGAGCUGGAAGGUUUCAAUAUUGUGAGUUUCAGGUAUUGGAAAUUUGGGAUUUUGCAAUUUUGUCACUUGAAGAUGAUCAAGUCUUGUCAGUCCGUGCCCUCUUUCUCCAUAUUCCCUGGGAAGAAGGGUGACAGAGUGGGAAGGCCACUGGUUCUGAGCCACAGCAUAGAGUGGGAAGGCCACUGGUUCUGUGCCACAGCACGCAAGAUUUAGAAUUCUAGACUCUAGCUCUAUACGUAGUGAGGACCCAGAUUUAGAGAAACUGACCAUUAUUUAUCUCCAGAUUUGUGUGUGUUUCCAAUUCUCUAGGCCAAUAAACCGACAAGACAAUGAACUAUGCUUACGGUGGGAUGCCAGGUGCGGUUAUUUGUGUGGCUGCUGGGUCUGGGGGCAGGCAUUUGGUUUCCUUGCUCCACAGGGAUCCUGAGACCUGUAGUCUAGUUCCCCUCCCAGGACCAAUGUCUAGCAACUGAGUUGGUGUGAGACUUGUUGCCUCCAGGUGCUUUACCAUAAUUGUAUAGCCAUCAGAGUCCAGCUCACUUUGACCUGAUCUCCAGGUAGGGACACUAACUCAGGAGCUGGGGAUGUAGCUCAGUUGAGUGCUUGCUUAGCAUGCUGGAAACCCUGGGUUUGUUUCUCAGUCCAACAUGGUGGCACACACCUCUAAUAUGAGCACUUGGGAGAUGGAGGCAAGAGGACCAGAAAUUCAGGGUCAUCCUCAGAGAGUCCCAGGCCAGGCUGUGCUUCACAAGGGCCCUCUCUCAAAAAUGCAAUGCCCCUCUUUAGAAACAUCCUCAAUGAGUAGAGUGCUAGGUUCAAGACUUCUGUGUCCCAGAAUAACCUUUGCCUUAAAUCAGGUCCAGCUCUUCCUAGUUUGAAGGUACAGUGGGGCAGCAGCUGUGUCAUGGCCACUCCUGUGUCCUCAUUGGCUUCGUCUUGCCUGCUGUGUAUCCUCUCAUGUCAUGCAUGGGUAGUUGGAACACGAGUAAGGCUGUUCAGGUAGAUGGGAGCUUUGAGGAAUUCUGGUGUGAGUUCCCUGGCCCGAGUGGGCAGUCACUGAGAAGCCCUAGUGGGUUGCUGUCAACAGCAGUAGUGGGCCUAGUGUCAUUUAGUUUUAUAAGUGUUUUCAAGAGAAGCCUGAAAUCCAAAUGUCUGUGAAAUACACAAAUUUUUAAAGGUA